AUGUUUCUUACUAAUACCCCGAAAGGACUAUUAGUGCUGGCCGGCUGUACCUUUGCGCAGCUGUUUGGAGACAGCCAGAAUGCACUCGCACCGGUAGGCAAUAACCGAAACGUGCUUCGUCAAGGUGAUGGAACCGGCAGCCACGAUCACACCCACAUCGAGACGAUCGAUGUAAAAUGUGAUCAACGUAACGGUAUGCUCGUCACAGUGCAAUUCGAGGACGAUUUCCGUGGUGUUAUCUACAGCCAGGGCUAUCACAAUGAUCCCAAGUGCCGGUAUGUACAGGCGAACCAGGGUGGAAAGCAGUUUACCUUCACCGUACCGUACGACCGGUGCGGCAGUAAGCCGUCCUGUGCCGUGUGCGCCUCGGUCGAUAAUGUGCUCGUCAUACAGACGGACGAGGAAGUACAGGAGGCCUGGGAUACUGCCCGACGUAUCUCCUGUAGCCAGAGUGAGCAGCAACAGAACACGAUCAUAUUCAAGCCGUUUGUGGUUGAUCAGCUGGAGGUGGUUAAUGUGCCUACCUCAACUGGCGGUGUCGAGUGUUGGAUGGACAUCCAGCGUGGUACUUAUCCGAGCAUUUCGCCCAUUCCGAGCAUCAUCAAAAUCGGAGAGGCGCUCAGUGUGCUGGUGUACUUGCGCGAUCCAAAAGGCGAAUAUGACGUGUCGGUGAAGGAUUGUUAUGCAUUUGAUAGCCCUGAUUACGAUGCAUCAACAACCGCUCGCCUUCAGCUGUCGGACAAGAAUGGUUGCUCACGCAAGAAAAAACUAUUCGGGCUGUGGCAAAAGACGACACAGACGGGCAGCUCAGGCGCUACAUUGGUCGUGCACAACAGCAUCAAAGCAUUCAAGUUCCCCGAUCGCAUGCAGGUGUUCCUUAAGUGUGACAUCGAGAUCUGUCGCGGAGGCUGUGGACCGCAGGUAUGCGCGGAGGAGAAUCUUAUCAGCACAGUCGAGACAUCUACCAGACGUCCAUCGCCGACGCGCGGGCGUCCUACUCCUACGACAUCGCUUGCUCCGGCUGUUCCAACACGUGGCCGUCGACCACCGGUAACGCCGGCACCAGCUCAACCGGAAUAUACGGUCCCGGUAACACAACCUCCCAGAAGAGGUACACGACCACCGCGUCCGGUAGAAACAACUCCAGCGACAGCUCCACCACGGCGCACACGUCCACCUAACACACGGGCCCCUACAGUGGUGUCAACGACACAGUUUACUUGUCUGCCUGGUUCAACAGAUGAUCGUUGUAAUGAUGUGAUCGUCACUCAGCGUCCAGACUGUUCUCGCGGAUCUCGCGAUCCACGUUGUCGGUCUCGUGGUACACGACCGACACCAACCACCACCGAAACGACGCCUGCCCCGCUCCGAUGUUUCCCCGGCUCAACGGAUCCUCGCUGCCCGACCACAUUCCGUCCAUCAGUACGCCCAACAAGGCCACUUCCUUCGCCGACAACGCCACGCUUCUCUACCACUACCGAAGAAGAAGAUGACAGUGUACCAAACUGCCUGCUACGAUCCAAUGACCCGCGCUGUGAAGAAGUAUCAAUCUUCUUGCCGGUUAUUCCACGAGAGCAGGUUACUACGAAAUCACCGGUAGUACCCACUGUACCAUCAGUAACGCCCAGUACAGCUUUGAACUGUUUCCCGGGAUCGAACGAUCCACGUUGUAGAACGCCUGUGCUUCGCUGUCCACCGGGAACGACCGACCCUCGUUGUCCAGGAUUCGUUCGCCCACAAGAGCCGAAAGAAACUGCUACAUACUUACCGCCAGUGGAUAAACCUAACUGUUAUCCAGGAUCAAGUGAUCCUCGUUGUCCGACAACCGUGCGUCCGACACCUACCACUCAACCGCCGUUGCGUUGUUACCCCGGAUCAACUGAUCCUCGGUGUCCUCAAACAACUCCUCGACCAGUGCCAACAACUACAGCAGCUCCACGAUGCUAUCCGGGAUCCAAUGAUCCUCGAUGCCCAACUACUCCACAACCAACGACAACUACUCAGCCACCUCUACGCUGCUUCCCGGGAUCGACCGAUCCUCGGUGUCCGCAAACCACUCCCCGACCAGUACCAACAACCACACCUGCACCAGUUUGCUAUCCAGGAUCAACCGAUCCUCGUUGCCCACAAACUACUCCUCGUCCAGUACCAACAACCACAUCAGCGCCGCGAUGCUACCCUGGAUCCAAUGAUCCUCGAUGUCCAACCACUCCUCGACCAACAGCAACUACACAGCCACCACUCCGUUGCUAUCCAGGAUCAACCGAUCCUCGUUGCCCACAAACUACACCCCGCCCAGUGCCCACUACUACAACAGCACCGGUUUGCUAUCCAGGUUCGACAGAUCCACGUUGUCCAAAACCAACUACAACGACUCAACCUCCGCUACGCUGCUAUCCAGGAUCAACCGAUCCUCGAUGCCCGCAAACUACACCAGUACCAACAACCACACAAGCACCAGUUUGUUAUCCGGGAUCCACUGAUCCUCGGUGUCCUCAAACAACUCCUCGACCAGUGCCAACAACUACACCAGCUCCACGAUGCUAUCCUGGAUCCAAUGAUCCUCGAUGCCCAACUACCCCAAGACCAACGACAACUACUCAGCCACCUCUACGCUGCUUCCCGGGAUCGACCGAU